UGGAGCCCCGCAACUUCACCCGCAACUUCAUCCUGCAAACAGAGCCCAGCCCUCUCCUCCAGACGGCCCCCGGAGGGCCGUUACCGACUGCCGACCCCCCUACGGGACCUCUCCGGGGGCUCCAGUCGCCGACGAGACGGUGUAAAAGCACAUCUGUUCCUGGGCUGACUUUGUGUUGCAGCUAGGUUACCACCAUCACUGCCUUCAUCUUUCUGCAGUUGUUUUCUUCAACUAAGAAGAAAGUGGGACAAAACGCAAACAGCAGCUUUGCCGUCUCUGGAUAUUGCAAGCAAUAUGUUCUGCACUAAACUGAAAGAUCUGAAAAUCACUGGAGAGUGCCCUUUCUCCUUACUGACACAGAGUCAGGUUUCUGAAGAGCGGGAAGAGGAAUGUGCAGAAGGGUCGGAUAUUUGUAGUGCGGCUUUGCCCAUUUGCAGGGAAGUUCAUGAGAAGAAGGUCCAGGGAAAUCUUCCUCAAAGAAAAACCAGUAGAAGUCGAGUGUAUUUGCACACUUUAGCAGAGGGCAUUUGCAAACUGAUCUUCCCUGAGUUUGAAAGGUUGUUUCUUGCACUUCAGAGGACACUGGCAAGGCAUAAAAUUAAAGAAAACAGAAAGUCUUUGGAAAAAGAAGAUUUUGAAAAAAUACUUACAGAUGAAGCGAGUGCUGCAGGUGUUCCAGUGGAUAUUCUCAAAGCAUCGCUCGGUGAAGAACUUUUCAAGAUCUGUUAUGAAGAAGAUGAACACAUCUUAGGUGUUGUUGGAGGGACCCUUAAGGAUUUCCUAAACAGCUUCAGCACCCUUCUAAAGCAGAGUGGUCACUGCCAAGAGGCAGAGAAAAGGGGCCGUGUUGAAGAAGCUUCAAUACUAUGUCUGGAGAAGGAUCAAGACUUCCUGAAUGUUUACUACUUUUUUCCCAAGAAAAUAACGACUCUGAUUUUCCCUGGCAUCAUUAAAGCAGCAGCUCACACACUGUAUGAAACUGAGGUGGAAGUGAAACUUCUGCCUCCCUGCUACCGCAAUGACUGCAGUGAAUUUGUUAACCAGCCCUAUUUGUUAUACUCUGUUCAGGUCAAAAGCACAAAGCCUUCUAUCUCCCCUUGUAAGCCACAGUCCUCCCUGGUGAUCCCCGCAUCUCUCUUUUGUAAGACAUUUCCAUUCCAUUUCAUGUUCGACAAAGAUAUGGCUGUUUUGCAAUUUGGCAAUGGCAUACGGAGGCUGUUAAAUAGGAGAGAUUUCCAAGGAAAGCCAAAUUUUGAAGAAAACUUUGAAAUUCUAAUGCCUAAAAUUAACUACUCAUUUAGUGGAAUUAUGACUAUGUUGAACAUGCAAUUUGUCAUAAGGGUGAGGAGAUGGGACAACUCUGUGAAGAAAUCUUCAAGGGUCAUGGAUCUCAAAGGCCAAAUGAUCUACAUCAUUGAAUCUGGCACCAUCUUGUUCUUAGGAUCACCCUGUGUUGAUAGAUUGGAUGAUUUUACCGGCCGAGGUCUCUACCUUUCAGAUAUUCCAAUUCAUAAUGCACUGAGGGAUGUGGUCUUGAUAGGAGAACAGGCCCGAGCUCAAGAUGGACUAAAGAAGAGGUUAGGAAAACUUAAAGCCACCCUAGAGAAGGCUCACCAAGCACUCGAAGAGGAAAAGAAGAAGACGGUAGAUCUUUUGUGCUCUAUAUUUCCUGGCGAGGUUGCUCAGCAGCUCUGGCAGGGACAAGUUGUGCAAGCCAAGAAAUUUAAUAAUGUCACAAUGCUUUUCUCUGACAUUGUAGGAUUCACUGCAAUCUGUUCCCAGUGCUCACCUAUGCAGGUUAUCACCAUGCUCAAUGAACUGUAUACUCUGUUUGAUUACCAGUGCGGAGAGUUGGAUGUCUACAAGGUGGAGACGAUUGGAGAUGCGUAUUGUGUAGCUGGAGGUUUACAUAAAGAAAGUGAGACUCAUGCUGUUCAAAUAGCCCUUAUGGCUCUGAAGAUGAUGGAGCUAUCAGACGAAGUGAUGUCUCCCCAUGGAGAACCUAUCAAGAUGCGAAUUGGCCUGCAUUCUGGUUCUGUCUUCGCUGGAGUUGUUGGAGUGAAAAUGCCUCGUUAUUGUCUCUUUGGAAACAAUGUAACCCUGGCUAACAAAUUUGAGUCUUGCAGUGUGCCACGGAAAAUUAAUGUCAGUCCAACAACAUACAGGUUACUGAAAGAAUACCCUGGUUUUGUGUUUACUCCCCGUUCGAGAGAGGACCUACCGCCAAACUUCCCCAGUGAAAUCCCUGGAAUUUGUCACUUUCUGGAUGCUUACCAUCAAGAAACAAAUUCAAAAGCUUGGUUCCAAAAGGGAGACAUCGAAGAUGGCAAUGCUAACUUUCUGGGCAAGGCAUCGGGAAUAGACUAAAUUGUGGGUUCAUCCACUGGUGAAGCCAUGUUUUAGAUAUGUUGAUUUUUAAAAAUAUAUCUAAUGAGAUUGAGUGAAGCCUAUGAAAGCACUUUAGAAUUGCAGAAACCUGAAAAGUAGUAUUAAAAGUUCAGUAGCUAAGUCACCUGCUGCUUUUGAAUUCCACUUUGCAUGUCAGAGUAUAUGCUAACAUUUCACCUCAAUUGUUCUAAAACGAUGCAUCCUAAAAGGUACUUUAUUGUAGCAGUUGGUGUUACACAAAAAUCACUUCAGAUAUACCCGUUAUAAUUAUAAACAUAUUGUACCCAUUUAUCAAAAAGUUUUAGUGUGCUGUACAAAGUGAUAAAGUCACCUGAAGUGUUGUGCAUUGGUGGAAUGUCAGUCAUUGCUGAAAUGUAAUUUUCAUUGUGCUGCCCCCCCAAAAAAAUCACAGUAAAUUAUGGCCCUUACUCUUGUAACUCUACCAUUUGUAAUAUGCACCUUUUCACUGUAUCUACCAGUAUAUAUGCCAAAGUAGGCAAAGUAUUGCUCUACAAAGUUUUUUUCAUUUUUCAGGAAGUAAAUAGUUAUUGGUCAGAUAUUGUGUAAUCACAAGCAAAGUCAUUGUAAUCAUCCAAAGUUAUUUUAGUUCAUAAGUUUUAAGAAGUUAUUCUCCUAUUAUGUAUUAUAGCAAUAAAUGUUUUAUCUUGUUUAACAUUUAUUCUCUCCUGACUUUCAGCAUAAGGCCUAUAUGUCAUGUUUGUCUAUGAUUACCCCCAUGAGAGUAGCACAGCGCAUAGAUAGUGACGUACGUUAAGGUUUAUAUUUAAAUAAGGUUUAUAUUUAAUUUCUUAUAAAAUAUUAUCAUUAUUAUUUUGGUGAUCUGCUUUAACCAAAGGCAUCAUGUCAUUUAAACAGACAUCCUGAACAAGGGCAUCUAAUUUAAAUUCUUCUUGGAAGCAAUGUAAUUUGUCCUGAAAGUAAGGUCAUUUAGUCCAGAUUCAGCAGUAACUAUUCAUUGCCUUCCCCAAGCACUGGAGAAAUCCAGUAAGAAAUUUUCAGCUCCAUAGGUGAAAGUUACAGAGCUGGUUGUUUUCUUCUCUCCCCUGAUUUUUAUAGUGGCUCUAUAUUGACUAUGUAGGGUACUUAGCCGUAUAUGUUCUCAAAAAUUCUCUGUGAUUUUUCUAGACACUCUAGCUGCAGUGCGUAUGAAUCCUGAGUCUAGAGACUGUGGAUGCAAAAGUCUGCCGGCAGCAAAGAUGAUAUGAUGAAUAUUAUGUAUAGAAACUGUCAUGAUGUCAUCUGGAUUUCCUCUUGCAAAGUUGUAGAACACAUAAAACUUCAAAGCAAAAGCUUUUAAAUCUUUACCACAGAAAGCAUUUUGUUAACAAAACUGCAAAUUCUCUUUUGCAGAACAUCCCAUUUAAGAGCUUUGGAAAUCCAUUCCAAAUUUAAGAUAAAUUUGUACCACAUUAAAAUUGAUUCAUGAAUCAAUGGUAUUUAUUGAGUACUUACUUUGAGCAUAGCAUGGUAUCAAAUGCUUCCCUUUAAAGAUUUUCCCAAUUUUGGUUAGGUAAAAAGAGGCAGAAUAUUCCAUUUUCAUCCCCAAGGGAUUCCCUGUUCCCCCAAGAAGUCAGGUUCUGCCUGGGAAUAAGUUAAAUCAUUUUAGGAAAGGGUUUUUAUUCUUUCAGACAUCCUAGGGACCACUGAAAGAAGGACAGAGCAGGACUAUUUGAGGGCAGGAAAUAUCCUGGAAGAAUGAAUACCUAUCUAAGGCACUAUUCAUUAUGAUGAAGGAGUUUGGGGCCUGGGAAGAAUGUGGUUUAGCUGUAUUGAAAUUGCUAAUAGGAACAAGUUGUUGCAAGUGUUGAGUUAGGAGGAUUGAGGGAAGACAGUCAAAUUAUACAUGGAAAAAUUAAUAUUUUUUCUUUCUGAACCUAAGCCCCAUAGUUAAUAGGAAAUAUGGGAUUAAUAGUGGAAAUUUAAAAUAAUUUUGGUUGCUAAACACAUUUCUAUCUUCCAGGCCAUGUGCCCAUCCUAUGAAACUCUAGAAAUCUUCCCAAAGAGAGUCUGGCCUAUAGAGACUUCCCACACAAUAUAUUUUCUAGAACAAGAUGAUGGAAAAUGCCAUUCUGAGAAACAUUUCAAAACUUCUCCAGAUGCCAGUUUAAGAACCUUAUUUCAAUCCCUGGGUUUUGACGUAUGCCAUUUCACAGCUGCCAUGAAACAGAUUCCUUUUGAGAGGUCUGCAAAGUAGAAACCAUGUCUUGGCAUUGCAAUUAGAAACCACACCGUGGUUGACUGGGUUUUGUCAGCUCUGUUGAUGUUGUUUGGCCCUUCUAUAGAGUAACUGAAAACAGGGUGAAGGAAGAAGAAAAAUAAGAGGAAAGGAAAGAGAGGAGAGGGAAUGGAUUGAAGCAGAAUUGGGCCUGGCCAUUUUCCCUUUCGUCAGAGAGAAAAGCUUGCACAUUACAGCUAGGCCUCGUUUUGGCAGUUGGGUCCCCUGGCCAGAUGCUUCCUUGAUUCAAAUCCCAAUCCAACCCAGUACAAAGCUGCAGUAACCACUGACUUUCUUAAACAGGAAAUGCUGAAAUGAACAGUACUUACGUACGUACUCUUACACUCUAUUAUUUCCCCUCUCCAUAAUCUAUUUUAAUGCCUGUCUCCCCUUGU